CCCUCCUCCCGGCGCGCUGUUGCUGCGGCGGCGGCGGCGGCAACGGUCGAAGCCCCGCGCUGAAGAGAGGCCCUGGCCGACCUGGCGGCCUGGAGGCCGCGAGAGGCGGAGGCCGGGCCGCCCUCCCGCGCCGCGGGAGCGGAGGGGAGGAGGCGGACGCCGGAGACCCCCGCCCGGUGGCCGGGAAGGUGGGGGAGGUUCCGUGCACCUCCUGCCCGCCCGCCGCCGCCGCCCCGCUGGCCCUGCGGCCGCCGCCGCCGCCACCGCCGCCGCCUCGGGUUCCCGCCGCGAGCCCGGCGGCCCCGGCCGGGGAGGGAGGGCGGCGUGCGCGCCCCGAGCCGCCCGAGAUGGCGGGAGGGCACUGCGGCACCUUCGCUGCGGCGGCGGCCGGCAGCGGCGAGAUCGUGCAGCUGAACGUCGGCGGGACCAGAUUUAGUACCUCAAGGCAGACUCUCAUGUGGAUUCCAGAUUCGUUUUUUUCCAGCUUGUUGAGUGGAAGAAUUUCAACACUUCGAGACGAAACUGGUGCAAUAUUUAUAGAUCGAGACCCAGCAGCAUUUGCACCCAUUUUAAAUUUUCUUCGGACAAAAGAACUGGACUUACGAGGAGUGAGUAUUAAUGUUCUCAGGCAUGAAGCCGAAUUUUAUGGGAUCACUCCAUUAGUACGAAGGCUUCUCUUAUGUGAAGAACUGGAGCGGUCAUCUUGUGGCAGUGUGCUUUUUCAUGGCUACUUGCCUCCACCAGGUAUUCCUAGUCGAAAAAUAAACAACGCAACUAGAUCCUCUACUGAUUCUAGGAAUGGACUAAAUUCUACAGAGGGUGAAGCUCGAGGAAAUGGUACCCAGCCCAUUCUCUCUGGAACUGGAGAAGAGACUGUUAAGUUAGGAUUUCCCGUGGAUCCACGGAAGGUGCUGAUAGUAGCUGGCCAUCACAACUGGAUUGUAGCUGCAUAUGCCCAUUUUGCUGUAUGUUACAGAAUCAAAGAAUCUUCAGGAUGGCAACAAGUGUUCACAAGCCCGUACUUAGACUGGACUAUUGAACGAGUAGCUUUGAAUGCAAAAGUGGUCGGAGGGCCACAUGGGGACAAGGACAAAAUGGUUGCUGUUGCCUCGGAGAGUAGCAUCAUCUUAUGGAGUGUCCAAGAUGGAGGAAGUGGAAGUGAAAUUGGAGUGUUCAGCCUUGGCGUUCCUGUAGAUGCUCUCUUCUUUAUUGGUAACCAGUUGGUGGCCACGAGUCACACAGGGAAAGUGGGAGUGUGGAAUGCCGUCACUCAGCACUGGCAGGUUCAAGAUGUUGUUCCUAUAACUAGUUAUGACACUGCUGGGUCAUUCCUGCUACUGGGAUGUAAUAAUGGAUCAAUAUACUACAUAGAUAUGCAGAAGUUCCCUUUGAGAAUGAAGGAUAAUGAUCUUCUUGUAACUGAACUUUACCAUGAUCCUUCAAAUGAUGCUAUUACUGCUCUGAGUGUUUACCUCACACCCAAAACAAGUGUCAGUGGUAACUGGAUUGAGAUUGCCUAUGGUACGAGCUCUGGAGCAGUACGAGUAAUUGUACAGCACCCAGAGACAGUUGGGUCAGGCCCUCAGCUUUUCCAGACUUUCACGGUUCACCGAAGUCCUGUUACAAAAAUCAUGCUAUCAGAGAAGCAUCUUGUAUCAGUCUGUGCAGAUAAUAAUCAUGUCCGGACAUGGACAGUAACACGAUUCAGAGGAAUGAUCUCUACUCAGCCAGGUUCUACUCCUUUAGCAUCAUUCAAGAUACUGUCUCUGGAGGAAACAGAAAGUCAUGGAAGCUAUUCCUCUGGAAAUGACAUAGGGCCUUUUGGAGAACGAGAUGAUCAACAGGUAUUUAUCCAGAAAGUUGUUCCCAUCACAAACAAACUGUUUGUAAGACUCUCAUCUACUGGGAAAAGAAUCUGUGAGAUCCAGGCUGUUGACUGUACUACAAUAUCCUCAUUUACAGUCAGAGAAUGUGAGGGAUCCAGUAGAAUGGGCUCAAGGCCAAGGCGCUACUUGUUCACAGGCCACACUAACGGCAGCAUCCAAAUGUGGGAUCUGACCACCGCUAUGGAUAUGGUUAACAAAAGUGAAGAUAAGGAUGUAGGUGGUCCGACUGAAGAAGAGCUACUCAAAUUACUGGAUCAGUGCGAUUUGAGCACAUCUCGCUGUGCUACCCCGAACAUCAGUCCCGCCCCGUCAGUGCUUCAGCAGAGCCGUCUGCGUGAGUCAAACUCUAGCCUUCAGCUCCAGCACCAUGAUACCAUCCAUGAAGCUGCUACUUACGGUUCCAUGAGGCCUUACAGAGAGAGUCCUUUGUUAGCAAGAGCAAGAAGGACUGAGAGCUUUCACAGUUACAGGGACUUCCAGACUAUUAAUUUAAACAGAAAUGUAGAGAGAGCUGUCCCUGAAAAUGGUAGCUUGGGUCCAAUACAAGCUGAAGUAAAGCGGGGAACAGCGGAAUGUAAUGUGUCUGAGAAAAAGUCUCCUGGCCCAGAAAUAAAAAGUUUCAGAGAAUCAGAUAGUGGAUUGGAUGUGCAUAAAGUAGCUGAAGGUUUUAUAGAAUCCAAGAAAAAGUCAUCAGAAGAUGAAAAUGACAGUAAAGUGGAAUUAAGGAAGAAAGGAGGACUUGAAGGAGGAGGAUUCCUUGGAAGAAGGAAAGUUCCCUACCUGGCGUCAUCACCAAGUACGUCUGACGGAGGGACCGACUCGCCUGGUACUGCAUCCCCGUCUCCUACAAAGACCACUCCAUCUCCUCGGCAUAAAAAAGGUGAUUUUUCAGGUCAAGAGUACAGCUUGUGAAAACUCACCAAAAUGAAUAGCUGUUUUCUUAAGUUAGAUGAAGGUUAAGCUUCACUGGAUUUCAAUACAUUAGUUUUUACACCAAAACUUUACAAAUUAAAAAUGGACUUCACUUAGUAUCUUUUUAACAGAAUUAUCUGGAAUAAGAAGAUAGAAUAUAUCUCUUUUGACCUUUUGGAAAAUUAUUUUUAGUUUUUCAAGUACAUGUGACAGAUCAUUUGUAAAGCAGGAGUCCAUUUCAAUAUUUAGUUACUUUGUGGAUUUUGGAAGCAUAGUACCCCCUCAGGUGGUGCACACAGAGAUGAGCACCCCUUACAGGGCGUGAGCCAGCAGGCUGCGUUCCUGACCUUGAUGAUGCUUGAGACUUACUUUGAAAUGUUAUGUUCAACAAAUCACAUACUUGUCUUUGGAACUUAGUCUCUGAACCCUUAUUGUAAUUGCAGAGUGUUUACCAGAUAUCUGAUGAGGUGCUAUGUUGUGAAAAAAUACGUAAUUCAAAAACACUAUCGAUGUUGAAUACCAGAUUACACUGCAUAUAGUAGUCAAGUCCCUUAGUGUAAUUUUGUUUUAAUUGUCGGUCAUUUUCUGAUUCUUGUUGUUGGAGUUCUUACAUCUUAGAAUCACUAAUAUUAAAUGCCAAAAAUCUAUUUAAACUCUCUUUAAAGUUGGAGCAAUUGUCUGUGUUUGAACAGAUGGAAUAAAAACAAUCAGGAAAGAGCUGUGUGUCCAGAAGAGAAAACUGUACCAGUUGCUAGUAUGUCUUGCGUUAGGAGCCACUGUAUUUUUUUGUGUAUGUUAAUAAUUGAUGUUAUUAUAUUAGAAUGUGACCAUUUUGUUGAGCUUAUGAGAAUGCGAUUCUGAAUUUUGGUUAAAUGUUUUGGCUACUGUUAAAAUGUUAUUUUAAAUAUAUUUUGAAUUGUAAGAACAAAAGGAAAAUUUUUGUACAACUUUUUUCAUUUAGUUGGAAUGAUUUUCAAGUUUCUGCAAAUAGGGUAAUUGUAAAUUUAAAACAUUAAGCAUUUAUUGGUGAAUAAUAUAUAUAUUCCCAUUCCAAGAAAUAUAAGUGAAGUUGAAAUAAAUUCUUUAAAGUUUACUAUAUUGCUAAUGGUUUCACAACAGUUCUCUUGUAUUUAUUUAUCAAGUCAAAUAAAAAUGAUCGAGACUA